AUGAAAUUGAAAAGCAAACAAGUGAAAAAUGGAAUUUUUGAUGAAGUCGUGGUGGCAGUGGUCUCUCAGGAUGCAAAUGUGAGCAAUAUUCAAGGGCAACUCGCUGAUCGCUUGAGUCUGAAACUAAAAGGGGAAACUGAAGUGGGAAAAGCAAAUGAAUUGUGGAAUAGAUUGAACAAUGGGAAGAAAAAUCUCAUUAUAUUGGAUGAUAUGUGGCAAGAAUUGAAGUUGAAGACCGUAGGGAUUCCUAUCAUUGAUGGAAACAAUUGUUGCAAAGUUGUGAUAACGUCUCGAAUCCUAGGUGUGUUGGAAAAGAUGCAUGUUGAUAGAUAUGUUUCAAUGCAAGUAUUAUUAGAGAAAGAAGCAUGGGCCCUGUUCAAGAAGAAGGUGGGAAAUUUUGUUGACUCUCCUGAACUCCAUGAUAUAGCUGAUGCAGUCUGUAAAGAGUGUGGAGGUUUGCCGGUCGCUAUACUUGCAGUUGGAGCAGCAUUGAAAGAUAAGAAAAAAUAUGUCUGGGAAGAUGUACUUGAUCAAUUCAAAGAUUCCAUGCUAAAGAAUAUUGCAGGAAUCGAUGCAAAGGUGUAUGCUUCCUUAAAGUUAAGCUAUGAUCGGUUAGAAUCUAGUGAUGCAAAAUCAUGCUUCUUGCUGUGUUGUUUCUUUCCUGAAGAUGCUAAUAUUUCAAUUGAAGUGUUGGCGAGACACUGCAUAGCAAGAAGUUUGCUUGGACAAAACACAAAUACACUAAUAAGAGCAAGCCGUCGAGUACUUACAGUGGUCGAUAUCCUCAAAGAUGCUUGUUUGUUAUUAGAAGGUGAAGAUGAAAACUUUGUCAAAAUGCAUGAUGUCAUUCGAGAUGUUGCUCUUUCAAUUGCGAAAGAUGAUGGCAAGGGCAAGGAAAUUCUAGUAAAACAUGGUGACACAAAGUGGCCCGAGAAAGAUACCUGCGAAUCUUCCUCAGCAAUGUCAUUAAGUUUCGACAACACUCUUGAGCUUCCGGAUGAUUUGGUAUGUCCACAACUCCACACCUUGACCAUAGUAUUGGAAUGGGACUGGCAUAGCAAUGCUUUGCUUAAUGUUCCAGAUAGGUUUUUCAGUGGAAUGGAGAAACUUACAAUUUUAGAAUUGAAUAGAAUCUGUAUGUUGCCUCCAUUAUCUCUUGCAAAAUUGGUUAACCUUCGGAUGUUAUGGUUAGAUAAUUGUGAGUUGCGAGACAUAGCUAUACUCAAGGAUCUAAAUAAUAACCUUGAAAUACUUAGCCUUCAAGGUUCUAAUAUCAAGGUUUUGCCAUCAGAGAUAGGACAAUUGACUCGUCUUCGGUUGUUAGAUCUGGGAAAUUGUAAAAAGCUCACAGAGAUUCCACACGGUGUCUUAUCCAAUUUGUCUCGCCUGGAAGAAUUAUACAUUUUAGAUGAUAAGUAUAUGUUUAGGGAGGAAAGUGUCAUAGUGAAUCUUGAUGAGUUGGGGAAAUUGAUGCAAUUAACCACUUUAGAGAUUCACAUACCAAAUGCCAUGCUAUUGCCCAAGGACUUCUGCUUUGAAAACUUGAUCAGAUUUAAAAUAGUAAUGGGUAAGGAAUUUGAUUUUUCUGGAACUUAUGAUUCUGUUAUAACUUAUUCAAAGUCGUGUAAACUUGCGGGUGUUUCCUUAAUGGACAAGUUAAUCGUUUUGUUGAUGAGAGCCGAAGACCUACAUUUGGAAAAAAUUGAAGGUUUACAAGAGGUGCUGCAUGACAGAGGUGGAGAGGGGUCUUUGAUGGAACAUCAUGGACUAAAUCCAUCAGGGUUCUUCAAUAAUUUAAUUGAAUUAGCAGUUCGAGAUUGUAGGUUGAAAUAUCUCUUCUCCCUGUCCUGUGCAAGAGGAUUUCCACGACUCCAGAGACUACAAAUAGUUGAUUGUGAGAUGAUGGAAGCAAUAGUUGGAAUUGAAGAAGAAAAAGAUGAAGAUGAACUCUCAAGUCAGUCGCGAAAAUCGGUUUUCGAGAACAUCAUGGCUGCAUUACAAGAUUCCAAUGUUAAAAUGAUUGGAGUAUAUGGAACAGGAGGCGUUGGUAAGACGACAAUGGUCGAAGAGAUUGGCAAACAAGUGAAAAAUGUACUUUUUGAUGAAGUCGUGGUGGCAGUUGUCUCUCAGGACGAUAAACCAGGAUCGCUAUAA